GACGAGCACCCCUCAUUGUGUUUGCACCUCCAGCCUGGUCUACCUUCCUCUCACCGCGCCACGUCCCACAGAAGCCCUACCGCCAUGAGUCGCUCGUACGCCUCCUCCGCUGAGUCUGCCUCCUCCUACCGGCGGACCUUCGGCUCGGGCACAGGCAUCCCCGCCUCGCUGUCCCGCUCCAUGCUCUCCGGACGCGGCUCCUCCCAAACGGCCUCGCGCACCUACGAGAUGAGAAAGACCUCCUCGUACCCGAGCUACUCCAGCUACCGCGCCUCCUCCUCCGGCUAUGGCGCCCCCAUAUCGUCCCGCUCCUACGCCGGGCUGGGCGAGACGCUGGACUUCAACCUGGCCGACGCCAUGAACCAGGACUUCCUGCAGACGCGCACCAACGAGAAGGCCGAGCUGCAGCACCUGAAUGACCGCUUCGCCAGCUACAUCGAGAAGGUGCGCUUCCUGGAGCAGCAGAACCAGACGCUGGUGGUGGAGAUCGAGCGCCUGCGCGCCCGGGAGCCCACGCGCGUGGCCGAGAUGUACGAGGACGAGAUGAGGGACCUGCGCCGCCAGGUGGAGGUCCUGACCAACCAGAGGGCCCGCGUGGAGGUGGAGAGGGACAACCUGGCCGACGACCUGCAGAAACUCAAAAUCAGAUUGCAGGAGGAAAUCCAUCAAAAGGAGGAGGCUGAGAAUAACCUAGGUGCCUUCAGAGCUGACGUGGAUGCUGCCACACUGGCUCGGCUGGACCUGGAGAGACGCAUCGAGACACUGCAGGAGGAGAUCGGCUUCCUCAAGAGGAUUCACGAGGAGGAGAUCCGUGAGCUGCAGGCCCAGAUGCAGGAGACGCAGGUGCAGGUGCAGAUGGACAUGUCCAAACCCGACCUGACCGCAGCGCUGCGGGACAUCCGCGCCCAGUACGAGGGCAUCGCCGCCAAGAACAUCUCCGAGGCCGAGGAGUGGUACAAGUCCAAGGUGACAGACCUAAACCAGGCCGUGGCGAAGAACAACGAUGCUCUGCGCCAGUCCAAGCAGGAGACCAUGGAGUUCCGCCACCAGAUCCAGUCCUACACCUGCGAGGUCGACUCCCUCAAGGGCACCAACGAGUCUCUGAUGAGGCAGAUGAGGGAGAUGGAGGACCAGCACAGCCGCGAGGCCAGUGGUUUCCAGGACACCAUCGCCCGUAUGGAGGCCGAGAUCGCCAACAUGAAGGACGAGAUGGCCAGGCACCUGCGCGAGUACCAGGACCUGCUCAACAUCAAGAUGGCCCUGGAUGUAGAGAUCGCCACCUACAGGAAGCUGCUGGAAGGAGAGGAGAGCCGAAUCGCAAUUCCUGUGCAGGCAUACUCCUCCAUCAGCUUUCGAGAAACAAGUCCGGAGCAGCAGCGUUCUUCUGAAAUGCACUCCAAAAAAACAGUCCUGAUCAAGACCAUCGAGACUCGUGAUGGAGAGGUCGUCAGUGAAUCCAGUCAACACCAGGAGGAGGUCAUGUAGGACACAGAAAAGAGGAAAAAAAGAAAAAAAAAAGAAAGAAAUAAAAUUAUGUGCAAAAAAAUAGACAUUUGUAUCCAAAUGAUGACCCCCCCCCCCCCCAAUUUGUUUAAGGACAGACACAAUUUUUUAUACACGCAAUUAAACUGCUCACUAAUGACACAAAGGCCUAAUAAGCAUGAAAGAAAUGGAAAAAAGAAAAAAGGUAGAAAAUAAAAGUAAUGAGAAAUGAGGACAGGAGAAAGUGAGUAAUCAAAAUGCGACAGUGCUGCCCAUAGAGAAAUGGAAUAUACUGCAAUAUAUUGCGAAUAUCUGGACUGUGAAAAUAUAUUUCACAUAAGUCUAAUAUAUUGCAAUAUCUUAAAGAAGCAGUAAUGGAUGUAUUUAUCAACAUAUUGUGAAGUAUUACAGUAUAUUGAUAUUAUACUGCAAUACAUUUUCAGAUAUAUUUCGUUUCCGUAAGGGACGAAUAGUAAUUAUAGCUGGGUUUAUAUUGUGUGUGUAUCCAUGCGCAUGUGUGUGCGUAUGGGUGUUUAUCUCCCAGUUUAAAGAACGCCAUUCAUUGCAGCAGAAGUUUGUAAUAGAGAUCUACACUCAUCUGAUGAUCUUGUGAAGAAGAUCUCAGUUUGAGUUGUAGAGUUUCAGUCAUUCUGGCCGUCUGCUUUGCACAUGCACACUGCUGGGCAGGGCAGGGAGGAGCUGGGCCUGGCUAAGCAAGUUGGUCCAAUCAUAAGGGGUAUAUGGUCUGUGGUCUCAUUGAAGAGUAAUAUUGGCUUUCUGGCUUUUCACAAGGACUGCUGACCCAGUUAGACUUGAAAUCCGCAUUCCUUGCUCCAUAAUUGUUUUCCCAUAUUCCCAUGUUUCCAGGUGGAACAAUAUGGCUUGAAUCAGUAGUUACUUCAGAUAAAUGCAAGGAGGAAGCUACUUCAGACUAUUCAGAGAGAGCCAAUGUUCUGGCUGUGUCUUCUACAUUCACAUUCACAUCAUCUGCAUCCAACAAAUCUUUUGCGGCAUUGAGAAAAGAUUCAAAUGUGACCAACAUGCUUCUGGAGACCUAUGGAGCAUGACGAUGUUGUCACUGUUUCUACUGCCCAAGUCACUGCAAUAUAUUUACACCUGUCACAAGCAACUGACACUAGUAGUUCAUAAUUUCAUAAUCUGUCAGAAAAUAAUUGUGCAUCUAAUUAUUUAUCUAAUAAUCUAUCUAAUUCAGUUAUAAAUGACAUGUUUUCACAGACACCAGUCUUCUCUUUUGCAAUUUCUAGCUAAAUGCUAAUAAGGUUGAUGUUGUUGGCUCCAGUUUGGAGCUAGCUAGCUAACAUGCUAGCUAAUGUCAUCUAUCCACAAGAUAAAGAUGUAAUGGAAAAUCAGCGAGCUCUUAAUAAAUACACACCCUUUGGAAA